GUUUUGUCCAGUACACAUUUCACUCUCUUUGCUCCCGACUUUCCAACCGUUAAAUUUUCUCUGCAUGCAAAUUUUGUACUGCAAACUUUAUUUUUCGCGUGCAUUCUUUCGCAUUAUUUGCUUGACUAAAUAGGCUUGCCAACUUUUACCUCUGCUCACUUGACAACUUGUCGUCAACAAUAAAUUAUAAAUUAACAUCAUAUUUUCAGUUAUUCAACAAACAUUAAUUUUGUGAACCCGAUUUUACUUUCGAUGGAGUUUGGAGGAAAUUGCACGACAAUGUUCUCCCCCGAAUAUCAACUGUCAAAGGCCAAAGGGAAGGAUAAACGAGAAAAUAUUCUCGUAUUCGCUAGAGUUCGACCAAUUAAUUCCCACGAAAGAAGCAAGAGUGCCAUUACGGUAGUUGAUUGUCCAGGUGUAAGGGAAGUAGUUUGCAAGGAGAGGGGUGGAGUUUCGAAAACAUUCACGUUUGACAGGGUUUUUGGACCCAAUUCUAAACAGAUCGAUGUCUACAAAUCAGUCGUGUCCCCCUUGCUGGAAGAAGUGCUGCAAGGAUAUAACUGCACUGUGUUUGCAUAUGGUCAAACAGGAACAGGAAAGACCUUUACGAUGGAGGGGGAAAGAACCAAUGAGGGAGGGGGCGAUGCCCUUACCUGGGAAUCGGACCCCCUGGCUGGAAUUGUUCCCCGGGCGAUGAGUCAAUUAUUUGAUGAAUUAAGGGUAACUAGCUCUGAAUUUACGGUUCGUGUGUCACUAGUUGAAAUGUACAACGAGGAGGUCUAUGAUCUCCUUUCACAAACCGAGGAUUCGAAACCCAAAACGGUAAGGCUAUUUGAAGACUCAAAAUCGAAAGGUUCUGUUCACAUUCAAGGCUUGGAAGAAGUCAUUGUUCAUAACAAACAUGAAGUGUAUACAAUUAUGGAACGAGGAUCACAAAUGAGAAAAACUGCGUCAACAUUGCUCAACGCUAAUUCCAGCCGAUCGCAUACAGUUUUUACGGUGACUGUUCAUGUCAAGGAAUCAAACCCACUAGGAGAAGAUUUAAUGAAAAUUGGAAAACUCCAUUUGGUGGAUCUUGCAGGGUCUGAAAAUAUUGGAAGAUCCGGAGCUGUUGAUAAAAGGGCACGAGAAGCUGGGAACAUUAAUCAAUCAUUAUUGACCUUGGGCCGUGUUAUCACAGCAUUAGUGGAACGGGCGCCACAUAUUCCAUACAGAGAAUCAAAACUCACCCGACUCUUGCAGGAUUCUCUCGGAGGACGAACCAAGACUUCAAUUAUUGCUACGAUAUCCCCCGCAUCAAUCAACAUUGAAGAGACUCUAAGUACGUUAGAUUACGCUCACCGAGCCAAAAAUAUUCAAAACAGGCCAGAAGUUAAUCAAAAACUGACAAAGAAAGCAAUGCUACGUGAAUACACUGAAGAAAUCGAACGUCUUCGAAAGGAUUUGCAAGCUUCUCGUGAGAAAAAUGGAAUUUAUGUCGACAAAGAAAAUUACGACAAAAUGAUGAGCCAGAUAGAAUCUCAGAAUCAGGAUUUGACAGAAAAGAUUCAGCACACUAGGAACAUUGAAGAACAACUAGAAAUCAAAAUUUCAGAAAUUGCCCAAAGGGAUGCCGCCUUGGAAGAGAUGAAGGAUGAUUUGAAUGCGGCUAACGUACUGAUAGCAGACUUGAGAAAGAAGGUGUCUAAAUUAGGGCACAAAAUAAGAAGUCUGGAGAACGAAAAAGAAGAGGUGGAACAUAUUGUCAAAGUUCAGAUGGACACGGAGGUAAAACUCAAAGAUGAAGCUAGCACCCUUCUCAACACGGCGGAAGAGACAACAGUGAACUUAGAAGCACUCUACAAUAAGUUGGAGAGGAAAAAGGGAGUUGAAAGGACCAAUUUGGACGCCGGUUUACGUUUCCGAGAAGGAUUUUCAAAGGAUGUAAAUGUAAUGGCUAGUAACGUGGAUACAUUUAGAGAACAACAUUCCCAAUUAAACGGAGUACAUCGUCUACUACUAGACGAAGAAUUGGCUUGUAAAGAAGCGAGAUAUGAAAAUCUUUUGCUCGAGAUGGAUUCACAAACUAAGAAGAAUGAAUCACAAAUUCAAAAUCUGAUCGAACAUAUUCAAUCCAUGAACCUUGCCCAGGCAGCUCUAAGAAGACAAGUUCAAGACUCACUUUGUAUUGACAGGAGUAAGAUCGAACAACAUAAAACCGAUCUAUCCAACCAUUGUAAGGAUUUCUCCACGAGCAUAGAUGGAUUUAAAAAUCAGUUGUAUGUACAAUCUGGUAAACUAAACGAAUUCUGGGAUUCUACUUAUUUGGUUGAUUCCUCUACUGGGUCAACCCCAUUGAGAAAAGCAUACGGAUUCCCUAGAGAGUUAUCUGCUACAUCACCACAUGAUAGAAUCCUUAGUAGAUUUCGUUCCCUUCGAAUGCCCAAUAUUAUGUCGGAAAGCGAGUCUUCUAGUUUAAGUAGUUCUCCUCGUGAAGAUAUCGGAAGAUUGGAUGAGCAGAACGAAGAAGAAAUAUUUGACGAGAAUCAAGAUCCUUUUGAGGAGAAAACAGGUUCACAAGGAGAUGGAAGUGAUUGCUUGAGAUUGGAAAGUAAUGCCAGCUCAUCCCAGGUCUACGUUAUGCCAAAAAAACUUGAUAAUCGACCCCAAAGUGAUUCAGGAUUGUCAGAUACGUCGACAAAGCAGUCAUCUACAUCUGGCAAAUGUAGCAACAAUUUUGCUGGCGAUACAGCAAAUUCGAAAACGAAGAAAGACACCAAGCAUGGCAAACACGCAAAAUCAAAGAAAAUUCUUCGUGCCCCUAAUUAAUUGUAUUCUAUUUAAUUUAUUUGCAGAUUGUACUUAUUAAUUGUACUUAUGUACUUUCUUUUCAUAAUAAGGUAUUAGGGUUCAUUGUGUCGGUCUAUAUGUAUUAUUGGAUUCCAUCCGUAUGUACAUAUAUCUAAAUACGGUAUAAUUUCAUCACUUGGACAUAUUAGUCUCAGUUUAAGUAUGACAAGAAAACAGUAACAAAAAUUUUGCGUCUCAAAAUUACAAUUCUAAAUGAAAAUCAUAUAAGUCAUUUCACAUCAGGUUUUAAAAAUAAUGUUUUGGAUACACUCAAUUUAAUAAGACUUUGGAAAUACGAAAUCUGCCGUUUUUCAAUAAAGAGUAAAAGUUUACUAUUUUCUAACAA